AUGCGUGAGGAGUUUUGGGACACCGCUCCUCAUUAUGGUGGUCAGAAAGAAAUUUGGGAUGCCCUUCGAGUUGCAUCAGAAUCUGAGGUAUCCCAUGCACAGGCUGUUGUGGAAAGUGCAGGCAUAAUUGUUUCUAAUGCUGAUCUGACUCUCUGCUAUGAUGAAAGGGGUGCUAAGUAUGAACUGCCCAAGUAUGUUUUGAGCGAACCAGCCAACCUUAUUAUUCGAGACAGCUGA